UCGCACAUAGACAGACUCAGGAGAGCUGUGUUGCAAAGACAACUGGAAGCAGAGAGUAGACAGAAGACCAACUGAGAAGCUAAGGAAAAGAUUUGAGCAAUUCUCAAAGGUUGCAGUGCGUACAGGACACACCAGUAGUCAUGGCCACCGAAUCAUUCCAGAGAAGGCAGUGGGCCUCAAAGUCUGUGCGCAUCACAGCCAAAGAACUGUCCAUCGUGGGCAGGAAUACUGCCAUUGCUGAGCGAUUCAACAAGUACCAAAAAGCAGCGGAGGAGACCAACAUAGAGAAGAAGAAAACUGUUUUGGAGAACCUGUCCUCAACCCCGCGCGGUGGCAACCUGAGUGCUCUGAAGAAGCGCUGGGAGCAGCCCUCCCUGACCCCCGCGACCUACCCCCACACACGCCCAUCAGAGCCCACUCCCAGCUGUCGACAGCCACAGAAGACAGCAGACACCACACUGUCCUCAGAACCAGUCCAAGCUGAAGACGCAUCAUCAAAGACCACCACCACCACCGUCAGCCAAGCUCUGCCCACAGACGCCCCGACGGACCCUGCGGUUGUUGUCCCGGUCCCCCAGGAUCCGCAGCACCAGGAGGAGUCAGCCAUGGAGAAUCAGGAGGAGCAGGAGGCUCUGGAGCCUGCGACCGUGCCCGGCGUGGCCAUCGAGAAGCCCAACGUGCCUCUUACCAGCCUAAAGAAGAUGUUCGAGAAAGGGGAGAACAUGCAGAACAAAGUGCCCAAAGAACCAGUCCGCAUGGGAGCGAGCAGCAGCAUGCCUGAAAACAUGCAUCUCCAAAUUGGAGACAAAGAGAAAGUUGAGACUACCCCGCUGCGGGACAGGAUGGCCAUCUACCAGGCAGCCGUGUCCAAGCAGGAUGUCUUCACUACACCUACUCGUACUAAUGACUCACUGGACACGGAGCAGCGCACUUACAGUGGGAAGCAAAAGGAGAAUGUUCCCCCGAGCAUCGUGGAGAUAUCGGUCUCCGAGCCCAACAGCAGGAAAGGUUCCUCCACAGACAGCAAUGCAGGGACUGCACCUUCAUCUCCUCAUGAUGCAAGCCAGCCUAAAUCACUCAAGAAGUUCAACUUGCCUGCACGGGAGACCUGUGUGAUGUGUCAGAAGACUGUUUACCCGCUGGAGCGUCUGGUGGCUAAUCAACAUGUCUACCACAACACUUGCUUCCGCUGUGCCCACUGCAACACCAAGCUGAGUUUGGGGAACUACGCAUCACUGCACAGCAAUGUCUACUGCAAGCCCCACUUCUGCCAGCUCUUCAAGGCCAAGGGCAACUAUGAUGAGGGUUUUGGACACCGGCCCCAUAAAGAACUGUGGGAAGGAGCAGCCAAAGGAACACCAGAGGAGCAGCCAAAGGUGGCCUCACCUGCAGAUCACAUCAUCAGCCCUACAGUGGAGGAGUCCCCCUUGGCCAAGGUGAACGUGCUGGCGGCCACGCUUGAGACGCGCUCUCUCUACGGCUCUCUAGAGAAGGCUGCGAGCGGUUCUGUGGAACGCCUGGCCGAGACGCGCCGGUUGAAGAUCUCCUGGCCCCCUCGGGCCGACGACGCCUGUGAUGGGGGAGCUGCUGCGCAGGAGGUCUCGGGGAGCCUUGGUCUGACUCCUGAAAACAGCCCCGUUGUCCGCUCCGUUCUUGCCAAGUGGCCUCCGGAGGGCGAUGCCCUGUCGCCUGCGCCGAGCCCGGAGCUGUCGGGCCUGCAGAGGAGCUCCUCGCUCCGAGAGCGCAGCCUGCCCUUCUCCCUCACUCCCACCACCGCAGUCCCACAGGUCCCUGAAGACGCUUGCUUCUCCAAGCCUGAGCCUCCAGUGCAGCAGGCCUCCGGAGAUGGUCAGGAAGAAACUUCAUCCACCCAGAGCCCUGAUGAUGAGGACAUGCCACUAAGUGAGACAGCCUGUAGAGGUGACUUAGAAGAGGAGCUAAAGGAAGAGGAGAGAACUUUGACACGUGAGGAGGAGGAGGAGGAGGAAGAGGAGGAUCUGGCCAGUGAUGGUGAGGAGCGGGGCAGUGAUCGUGAGGAGCUGGGCAGUGAUGAUGAUGAGGAGCUGGGAGCAGAACGGGGAGAUGAUGACGACGAGCUGCCCUCUCCGGAAUGCCAGUUUUCUCAAAUGGACAGCACCCCUCCGGCCUCCCCAUCAGCUGAGUUGCAAGAAAACCGCGCUUCUCAGGAUGUGGGCUUUUGGGAAGGGGAGGAGGCCGAAGAGGACCAAGAGGAGGUAUCUGUGGAGGACCUGAUCAAACGGAACCGCCAUUACGAAGAGGAAGAGGAAGAGGAGCAAGACAACUAAACACGUAACAUGAAAACAAAUUCUGUUGAGACAUUGGUUUCAUUUCACCCAAACUGCCAUUUCUAUUUUGGUUUGACGAUGGACGAUCCAGACGAUCAGUCUCCUCCUAAACCAAAGCAAAAAUCUAUCGAUCAAUGUAAGACGUUUCUCCCUCUGGCUCUGGUGCAGUGCUGCCCCUGUCUGAACUCUCUUUUUAGGUGCCUGUGAAUGUUGCAAAGAACCAAAAACGACUAAUAAUGGAGAUCUUUUAUCACACAUGUCUGCUGGACCAAGACGCACAUCACUGACACAACCUUGUACUCAAUUUUAUGCAAUUUUUAAUAAAUGUCUGUCAGUAGCCCUUUGUCAUGCCCCACCCUUUGGCAGCCCUAUGGGGCGAACAACACACUGCACUCAACACCACUGACCCAAAUUAACUACAGGAAAAACACCUUUUUAAAACCACCAUUUAUUAAUAUAAAGACACACACAACAACCUAAGACACAAUAUCAAAACACAACAGCAACACAAAAUCCCUGAGAGGACGCAAGACCAGCAGUCUCAAGCUAGCAGCAAACUCCUCCUCUAGCAGGGAACUGGAGAUUUUAACUGCAAUCAGGUGUAGCGCAACCUGGGCGGAUCUACUGAGAGGGAAGGAAGUGCAAAGAAAACACAGGACACACGCACGUGGCCAUAACAGCCUUUGUAUGUCCUCUUUCCUUCUACACAGUUUUGCAUGGUUUUAAAAUAAUUUAUGAAUUAACAAACAAUGUUUUCAGAUUGGCUUAAGUAACACUAGUCUCAGUUGUGGGACUGAUUCAAAACAGUCAGCUUCAAUGUUGGACCUCAAACAUCCCUUGAUACAUACACGUACAUACAAACUCAUGGGGGGGGGAGCAUUUUCUUGAACCGUUUUAAUGUAUACGAUGUUGCUUAUAUCUAAGGGCAAUUUAUGGUGCCCAUUACACCACAGUUGCUCAUGGUCUUGUAGUCUUAUCAGGAAAGGAUUCAAGCUCUAAUUUCCAUAUAUUUCCUCUUAAAUUGUCAUGUUUUCGUGCUUUUAUAUAAUUAUAUCAUGUUGGAGAUGAAAUGGUUCACUGAAGCAUUAGGGGUUGGGGUGGCUGUUUACUUAUUGUUUUGAUUUGUUAAAUGAUUGCACAGUGUGGGUUUGUGAGCAGCUGGGGUAGCUGAGCAUUCCAGAUUGUCCAUUUCUAACAUGAGACCAAUAUACUGAAAUAAAUCAUUUCUGGACA